UUGUUUAAGAUAGCUCACAUGUAUUGAAUACUAUUUUUUUUUCCUUCUGAAGAAUUGACGCAAACACCAAAAUAUUUUUUAUUUGAGCUCAGAGAAAUGAAGCAUUCUGUUUGUUCGGACUCUUAAUUACCAUGGCCCCAAACUUAUCUAAUUAGAAACUCCUUCAUAAUGAGGAAAAUUAUUUUCAAAGUUAAUGAAUUUGCAAACAGGAACAUAGCUGUCUUUUCCAGAAUAAAUUACCCACAUUCCUUAAAUACAUAGUUUAGUUAAACACUCUAAUUAAUAUUAGUACUUAAAACAUGUGGGAUUGGUUUCACUGUUAAAUCAAUCUUUCCUUUGUUUUUAGACAGUAUAAAAAGACCACGAUUCCCCAUCUUGCAGACAUCAGGCUGCACAUAGAAACUUAAUUCUAGAUUCUGAACAAAAUGAAAGUUAUUUCAUCAAAAUGCUUUAUUUUAUUGACUUUAGCCACUUCAAGCUUGUUAACAUCAAGCAUCUUUUGUACAGAUGAAUUAAUGAUGUCCAGUUUUCACAGCAAAGAAAAUUAUGACAAAUAUUCUGAGCCUAAAGGAGACCCUGAGGGAGAAAAGGAAAGAAGUCUCAGUUUUGAAGAGCUCCAAGACUGGGGUCCAAAAACUGUCAUUAAGAUGAGUGCACCCACAGUCAACAAAAUGCCACACUCAGCUGCCAAUUUGCCAUUGAGAUUUGGGAGGACCAUGGAAGACGAAAGAAGCACUGGGGCAAUGGCCAACCUGCCCCUGAGAUUUGGAAGAAAUAUAAAGGAAAGUAUCUCAAGACAUGUUCCUAAUCUGCCCCAAAGGUUUGGGAGAACAACGGCCAAAAGCAUCGCCAAGACACGGAGUGAUUUGCUCCAACAAUCCAUGCUUUCACCAUCUGCCAGUGAGUUACUCUACUCCAUGAACUGCCAGCCCCGAGAAAUCCAGAAUCCUGAUCAAAAACACCCAUGGUAAAUACCUGAAAACCAGUUAAAAUGAAUGGGCAGUUAUAUAUAGCUGGUCCGGAAACAUUAAAAA